CACGAACUGGAGGAGUCACAACUCAGAUACAAACACGCAAAGCAGCUAAGCCCAGAAACCUGAGUUUAUUUUUAUUUUUCGGCUAAAGUUGGUGUGAGCGGCGCAGUCACCGCCUGCAUCGUUCAUUGUGUACGUGAGUCCGUGCGUCCGUGCGUGUGUGCGUGUGUGUGUGUGUGUGUGUGUGUGUGUGUGUGUGUGUGUGUGUGUGUGUGUGUGUGUGUGUGUGUGUGUGUGUGUCUCAGCGCACAGCCGCUCUGCACUCCAGUCUGCUGACACCCCGGGAGGACAGUCCGCUCUACACCUCCAACUCACAGGACUAUAUGUGGACACAAGAACCGGUGAACGCACAUCCAUGGAGCUGGUUUAGAGGAAACUAAAGCCUGAGACGUUUUACAUGAAAAAAGAUCAGCACUGAAGGACCUUGGAGAGCCAAAGAAAGAGUCCUGGCCUUGGCUCACCAGCGUGACCAGCGAAUGAGCCUUGUUCAUGCGUCUCCCUGCGUGCCACUCCCACACCACUAUGAACUGUGAGCAGGACUUUGGAGACGGGGGCUUGGGAGUGACCCUCACACUGCGACUGCUCAUGCAUGGAAAGGAAGUUGGCAGCAUCAUAGGAAAGAAAGGGGAGACUGUGAAACGAAUACGAGAAGAGAGCGGCGCACGGGUCAACAUCUCAGAGGGCUCGUGUCCAGAGAGGAUCAUCACCAUCACGGGCUCCACAGAGAGCGUCUUCCGAGCUUUCACCAUGAUCACAUUCAAACUGGAGGAGGAUCUGACAGCGCUGGUGGCCAACGGCACCAUCAGCUCCAAGCCUCCGGUCACUCUGCGGCUCGUCAUCCCUGCCAGCCAGUGUGGCUCGCUCAUCGGGAAAGGUGGUGCCAAAAUUAAGGAGAUCAGAGAGAGCACGGGAGCUCAAAUACAGGUGGCAGGGGAUUUGCUACCCAACUCCACUGAGCGAGGGGUAACGAUAUCUGGGAAUCAGGACUCUGUAAUCCAGUGUGUCAAGCUCAUCUGCACAGUAAUCCUGGAGUCUCCACCAAAAGGUGCCACCAUCCCCUACCGGCCGAGCCCCUCACCAGCUGCUCUCCUCAUAGCAGGGAACCAGAUUUUUGAGGCGUCAGAAUUUGCACCCCACCCUCUGUACUCAAUCACCCAGGGUGGCCUGGAUCUCCAGCAGGCUUACACCUUGCAAAAUCAAUAUGGCAUUCCACACUCAGAGCUGGCCAAGCUGCACCAGCUGUCAGUGCAGCAAGGCCUGAGUCCCAUCGCCCAGCCUGCCUCGACAAUCAUGCCCGGGAUGGACUCAACUUCUCAGACAUCUCAGGAGCUGCUUAUUCCCAAUGAUCUGAUUGGCUCAAUCAUCGGCCGUCAGGGAACGAAGAUCAACGAGAUCCGGCAGGUGUCGGGAGCGCAGAUCAAAAUUGGUAGCCAGCUGGACGGGACGAGUGACCGCCAUGUCACUAUCACAGGAACACCAGUCAGCAUCAACUUGGCCCAGUACCUCAUUACCUCCUGUUUAGAAACAGCCAAAUCCACGGCCCAGGCAGCCACCAUGGCGUCUCCAGUCGACCUCAACAUGGCCUUCACCCAGCCCACCUCCCCAGCUGCCUCUCCUGCACCCACCCUGGCCACCAUGGGCACGUUGACCCCUACUCACAUGCUCGGCGCUCCCUACGGAGCCAUGCCGCUCUCCGGGCUGCUGGGGAUGAAGUCCGUCCCCUUCCUGACUCUGUCCAGCCCGGCUCCAUCGGUGGCCGUCACCGCUGCGCCCUCCCACACCACCCUGGCCGCUUACACCGCCAAGAUAUCUUCAGCAAACUGCAUCAAAAAGCCAGAAAGACAGAAGUUUGCUCCCUACUGAUGAGUCCUCCGUGCAUCCAGGAGGACAGCUGCAGUGUUCUUUAAAGAGAGAAAAAAAAACGCCUGAUGUAGCCAUAUUCGCCAGAAGAGAUGCUCCUGACUUUAGUUCUUCGAUGCACCAACAGAGACCAACGGGUGGCACCAUUAAAGGUUAUUUACACUUAUAGAUAAUUUGUCAGUUUCCCAUGAAUUGAUAGACUGCCUUCAUCUUCACUUCAUCACUGUUAUCAACCGUUUAAAAGAGGAAAAGGUGUGAAUCUCACCUGAGAGGUAUACGUUUAGGAGUUUUCACAUCUAAAGUUCAGCUAAGUAUUUAUCCUUCAAUAAAUUUGUAAAUUGUAAUCAGAUUACUCUACUGUAUGAUGCUUUUAUACAAUGUCUGUUUGCCUCUUGAAGUUUUUAAGAAAAUUUGUAAAUGUCCCAGGGGUGAUUUUUCUUCUUCUUUUGUUUUUUUUAAAUCUCUGCUAUGGUACUGUACUUUACUUCAGUGUUACAUCUUGUUUUGUUGGAUUUUAUUUUGAAUGUGAAACCUGGUUAAUCUUUAUUUAUUAGUAUUGUUUCAUUUAUUAAAAGUCUUUUUGUUCCUGA